AUGCGGCAGAACAAGAACUGGGGCGGUCUGGCGCAGGGACAAGACCAGAGAGGCAGUGUCGGAAGAUUUGGGCAGGAUCGUAGCCAGAGGGACACCUCGGCGCAGAUCCGCCCAGUCGAGCGUUGCGAUACGUGUCACAAGCCUGGACACAAGUGGUGGGACGAUCGGUGUACCGAAGCGUGCAUACAUUGCGGCCGCCCAGGUUAUUUCCGCCGAGGGACUGUGUGCCGGAUUGGUGAGGACUCCGGUGAGUACCAUCCCCAGGCAAUAGUUCAGGUAACGGAGGAUGAGCGUCGGCGGCAGAUUGAGCUGCGUACCGAGAUGAGAGUCCAGGGUCGUGACAUACGCACUCAGUGGGAAUCCUUUCACGACUUUCUGGGUAUCAUGCUCGCGUUGCCGGGCCCUCCCGGCUCAUCGCCAACACAGCGGCCAGUGCAAGGGCAGGACAACCGCCCUAUAUUACCAGCUUAUGGCCGGAGAGGUCCGCAGCGUGGCUCUGGUGAAGCGAUCGAUGGUGCAGAAAGGCGCGAGGGUGGCGGCGAUCGUCAGGCUCAUCAGCAGCCUGCGGUCGAGCGUGAGGCAACGAGGAAUCCCAACGCUUGUCGCAAGAGGUCGCCUCCUCCACAUCUCCAAGACAAGGCCAAGAAGAAUUGGCAGCGUAAUAAGCGCAAGGAGUUGAGAAAGUGGUACCGUGAGCAGGGGUUGGAGGCACCCGCUGCGAACGACCAGGGCGAUAAAGAUGGGGACGAGAAGAUGGCAGAGGCUACGGGGGUUCAGCCGACUGAGAGUCAGGCUACAGAGGGGAAGCCGACCGAGGGCGAAGAGGUAGAGGGUGAGGCGACGACCCCAGCCAACGGCGAGUGGGAUGAGCUGUAUGACACCACGCCUCCACCUUCAGCCCGGCUUUGA